CGGCGGAGCCGUCAGCUGACGCCGCCGUUUCCUGGCCGUGCCCGCCAUGCUGCGGCUGCUGCUCCCGCUGGCCGCCCUGGCCGCGCUCCUCCGGGCGGCGGGCUUUGGAGAAGUCUGAUUCGCAACUGCAGGCAAGGAUAUCUGCUGAUACAUCAUCUGCAGUUUCUGGGACCACAGUUGCAUCUGGUAGCUGUUCCAGUGGGGAUUUCACUGCUGCUGUAGCAUGUGUUAGUAGAACCUCUUGCAUUCGGUAAGAAUGAGGCUUUGUUGACCCAAGGCACCCCUUCAUAACCACAUUAUUGCCUACUGGAGACUUCUGCAGAACAGAAGGGAACAGUCAGGAAGCAAAGAUGAUCUCCUUCAAGCAACUGCCCCUAGAAGCAAAGGCUGCAGUGGCUGCAGGAAUGGUUUUCUUCUCUAUGAUGCUGUCGCGGAGUUAUCUGGCAGAAAAACUCGAUCUCAGGAUGCGGCACUGGGUUCUAAGGCUGCAGAUGGCACUAUUUACCAAUGCACUCAUGCUGAUGGGAUCUCUUCAUGUUUGGAAAAGCACAGUCACCAUGUUCACCAGGUCUUCAGCUGCCAGCUCCCUCUGUUUCAUGCUGUGGAAAAUAGCUGUGUUCAUGUUUCUAGCUUUGGCUCAUUCAAGCUUCUUUACAUUGCUAUUUCUUGUUGCAGAAGAGCCCUAUUUCUUUUCUUUAGCUGCCUACACUUGCCUUGGGGCCUAUAUCCUUCUCAUCUUCUUCCUCUUCACUCUAGGCUCUGUAGAGCAGGCUUACAAGUACUUGGUGGGGAGAGGCACUAAGGCAGGCACUGGCAACAAGAACAGAACAGCAAUGAAACCAGUUUUGGCAGUCAUGCUGACUCUUGUGCUGACUGUUGUCGGGCUGUUAAAUGCUUCCCAGCCUCCUGCUGUGAAUUCAGUGGAGAUUCCGGUUCACAAGCUGCCCUCAACCAUGACUAACCUGAAAGUGGUGUUGCUUUCAGAUAUCCAUCUGGGGCCUACUGUUGGGAAGACCAAGCUUGCCAUGAUAGUGAGAAUGGUUAAGGCUUUAAAACCAGAUAUCACGGUGAUCGUUGGGGACCUGACUGACGCUGAGGCAGAGAUCAUACGACCUGCUGUUGAGCCUCUUGGAGAACUUGAUUCCCCUUUGGGGACGUACUUUGUCACAGGAAACCAUGAGUACUACACAUUAGAUGUUAGCAACUGGUUUGAGCUGUUAAAAUCUCUUAACAUUCAGCCACUGCACAAUGAGAAUGUGAAGAUUGUUUCGCCAAAGAGCACUGAUGACUGGUUCUGCCUGGCUGGCGUGGAUGAUAUUGAAGCAGAUGCAUUACGCUACUCGGGACAUGGCAUGGAUUUGAAAAAAGCUCUCAGAGGUUGUAGCAGUGAGCAUGCAAUAGUGCUUUUAGCUCAUCAGCCAGUUGCUGCAAAGUGGGCCCUUCAGGAGAGACCAGACAUAAAUUUAAUUCUCUCUGGCCAUACUCACGGAGGGCAGAUUUUCCCUCUAAAUGCUGGAGCUUAUCUUCUGAAUCCAUUCUUUGUUGGCUUGUACAAAGUUGGGCAGAACACCUUUGUCUAUGUCAGCCCAGGGACGAUGUACUUUGGAAUACCCAUGAGGCUGGGCAGCAGAGCUGAAAUAACGGAGAUAAUCCUACGUUCUGCUUGAGUUUUCCAUUUGACAGACUUCUACUGUUCUUUUUUUGGUCAGUAUAUUGGCUCUUCUGCUGUGAAAGCAAAUCCUUUUUCAGGGAAGCCAGAGAAGAUGUAUUGGGCUGAACUUCAGCAGGUUCUAUUA